AUUCGGGCAUAGAUCUUUUUAUGCCAUUAUUCAAAUGCCAUCUCAUUUAAGCAUAAUAUUUGUGGUUUAGUGUAUUACCUGUAAACACGCAUAUACUUAUAUUAUAUUGAGGAGACUAGAGAGAGAGAGAGGGGUAUAUAUAAGUGUCAAUAAUUCUUUCUUCCUCAUGAAAAUAUGGGCAAAUUAGUUAAAAUUUUGGGUGGUUUGCUAAUUGUGGCCUUGGAUAUCGUGGCUGGAAUUCUUGGAUAUAAAGCAGAAGCAGCUCAAGAUCAGGAAAAGCACUUAACUCUAUGGAUGUUGGAGUCAUGUAGCAAGCCAAGCCAUGAGGCAUUUGUUUUUGGCUUAGCUGCAGCAACUCUGCUUGGAGUAGCCCAUGUUCUUGCCAAUCUUCUUGGAGGCUGCAGUGUUUGUAGUACUGACGAUAUUCGCAAAGCUACACCUAUCAAGCAAUUAUCAAUUGCUUGUCUUGUUUUCACAUGGAUAAUAUUUGCAGUAGGAUUGGGGACGCUGGUGAUUGGGACAAAUGCAAACCACAAGUCAACAACUUCGUGUGUUUACUUACAUCAUAAUUACCUCUCCAUUGGUGGAGUUCUGAGUUUUGUACAUGCCCUCUUUUCUGUUGGAUAUUAUGUCACAGCCAGUCAAAACCUGGCUUAACUUACGUUUUUUUUUUUUUUUUUUUUUGAAAGAAUCAUAAUUGUAUAAAUUAGUCAUAAAGAUAAACAAUUUUGGGCUGAUGAAUGUUUUUGAGAUGUUUUAGACCAAUGGCAUUUGCACAUUUAUGUUGAACAGCUAAUUGUAACACACAGCAGGUCUCUCAUGCUGAACACAGAAGUCCAAAUGGGAGCAACAUGUUUGAGAACCAUGGGCUGAGAUAGAGUAUCGGAAGAGGUUCAUAUAUAAGGUUAAAAUUAUCUUUCAGGCAUAUAUCGUA